AUGGAGGCGGCGGCCACAACGGCGGCCCCAGGCUGGCGCUGCCGCCCUGGGGGACGGCUGGAUAUGAGCCACGGCUUCGUGCGGCACAUCCGCCGCAACCAGCUCGCCAGGGACGCGUACGACCGCGCGGUGCGGCAGGCGCGGGGCCGAGCGCGGACGCGGCUGACCCCGGCCCCGGCGCGGCCCCGGCGGCCCGACCAGCAGGUGUACCGGCCGCACCGGGGCGGCGGUGAGCGGCACCGAGGGGGCGGGGAGGGGCGACCCCGAGACGUGGAAGGGGGAGGGGAGUACCGGGACCGGGGGAUGCGGGGUCUCCUAAGGGACCGCAGGAGAUGGGGGGAAGGGGCAACACCCCAGGGUGCCACAGGGGGGCCCGGGGGCGACGCCAGCGCGGGGGCCCCCCCCGACAGCUGCGGGGCUCCCCCGGACCCCGCCCGCGGGCCGCGGCUCUUCUGCCUCGAGUACGAGGGGGACGACGGGCAGGUCACGGCCGUCAUCGUGCACCAGGGGGACAGCGCCGAGGAGGUGACACGCCGGGUGUGCGCCCGGAGCCCGCUGGAGCCUCCCCUGCGCAGGGCCCUGUGCCAGCGCGUGCAGGACGAGCUCAGCAAGCGCCGGGGCACCGGGUGACGCUGCCACACCCUCCCGAACACUGCCACCCUCAUGGGACCGGUGCCACCCCGGGGUCCGGUGCCAUCCCCCCGGUGUCAAUAA